AUGAUCAUGGAAAAUACAACCACAAUGAGUGGAUUCUUCCUCAUGGGGUUUUCUGACAUUCGGGAACUACAGAUUUUACAUGCUCUGCUCUUCUUGGCAGUGUACCUGUUAACCUUAGUAGGUAACCUCAUCAUUAUCAUCAUCACCACAGUAGACCAACAUCUCCAAGCCCCAAUGUAUUACUUCUUAAAACAUCUUUCCUUCCUGGAUCUCUCCUUCAUUUCUGUCACGGUUCCCCAGUCUAUUGACAAUUCUCUGAUGGAUGAUGGCUAUAUUUCCCACAGUCAGUGCAUACUCCAGGUUUUCUUCUUCACAUCUCUGUCUUGGUCUGAGAUGGCUAUUCUCACAGUGAUGUCUUAUGACCGCUAUGCAGCUAUCUGCUCCCCACUGCACUAUGAGGUCACCAUGAAUCCUAGUAUGUGCCAGUGGGCUGUGAUAGCCGUAUGGCUAAGUGGAAGCAUCUGUGGAAUCUUGUACACAACAACCACAUUCUCCAUCACAUUCUGUAAAGCCAAAAUAAUUCACCAGUUCUUCUGUGACAUCCCCCAGUUACUAAAGCUCUCCUGUUCCAAUGAUUACCUGGGAGUGAUUGGAGUAGUAGCUUUCAUAUUUGUGAUGGCAUUCAGUUGCUUCACCUCCAUUAUCUUCUCCUAUAUACACAUCUUCUCCACAGUACUAAGAAUACCCUCUGCUGAGGGCAGAUCCAAGGCCUUCUCUACCUGCCUGCCUCACCUAUUUGUUGUCUCCUUUUAUGUCUCCACUGGUGCUUUUGCAUUUCUAAAACCAACUUCAGAUUCUCAGACUGCUGUUGAUCUUCUGAUUUCUAUCUUUUAUACAGUCAUUCCCCCAACCCUUAACCCUAUAGUCUACAGUCUAAGGAAUGAGGCCAUGAAGGAAGCUUUCAGAAAGUUACUAUUGGAUGUACAAUUCACAAGGAAAAAAACAUUUUUGUCCUUUUGUUGA